CCCUGUUUGACCUGGAGGAGCUCAAUCUGCUGGAUCCAUGCCGUGUGGAAUGUGAUGGUCCGACCGCUGAGCUCCAAGGCGCCAACACGUCCUUGAAGAAGGGGAAAGUGACGAAAACUGACGGGACAAGAAUAGACGCAACUAUCAAGUCAUACAGGAACAAGAUAGACGACACAACCGUCGGGGACUUUACCACCGGCAGGAAGUUGAAUCACGACAACAUCCUCCGUUUUUUCGGUGUCUGCUUCACGGCAGAAAUACCACAACUAGUCCUACAAGCAGCCGAUGGUUCUCUGCGGGACCAUCUUCAGAAGUUUACCCAUAUGUUGCCCAAGUUCGGACAGAACAUUCUGCCAGCCAUGAGGGGCGUCUGUGCCGGGCUCCAGUAUCUGCACAGCAAACAACUCGUCAGUUUCGUCUUGUCGCAAGAUACUGUCCUGGUUGUAGAGGGUGAAAAGAACAGCGGAGAAGACAGGUUCAAACUGGCGCACGUGGGCGAGCCGCGGCUACUUCACCUGUCCCCGGAUGACUCCAGCGGUCCAGCAGGGCAGUACGUCUACUUACCUCCGGAAGUGCUGCGUGGAGAUGUGGUUUAUGACAGCCGCUCUGACAUGUACGCACUGGGCCUGAUGAUGUGGGAGGUGUGGUGUGAGCAGAAGGUAUUUGGUGACGCGGCAGAGACCGUCACUCUGCAGUCCUUUAUCGACACCAACCUGCAGCUGGAGACGUCCCAGCACCACAAACACACCACUGUUGAAGAUGGAGCAGGGGAAACAUGGCGGACCGUCAUGCAAGGAUGUCUGCUACCACCUGACAAUCGUACCCUGACCCCCUCUGACGCCAUAAAAAAGCUCGAGGACAUAAACUGGCGCUAGUUGUGAUCAUUGAUAGCAGGAGAUGACGUUUUACACUCGUAAUUUACAAAUAUGCUCCAUUAAUGCAGUCUUGAAAAGAUAUAGACUGAUAGGCUUUAUUCCUUGUUGCUCCAUUUGUUAUCACAUUUUAUGUUGAAUCUGAUUUUUAUAGAAUAUUGUGAUAUUAUGUAUGUGAAGAACACAGCAAAUCAAAUAAGUUCCUCGAACCUUGACCACAAACACAAUGGUUAAAGCACGGAGAUGUAUAAAUGGCGAUAAACAUAAUAUUCAUGAUUUUGAUAAAUGGUCACAACACUACACAGUUUGUCAAUUCUACAUUCAGUGAUAUAUACAUGUAUCUCCCAUGAUGAGGUCAUAUAAAAAUGUUUCUUGUGGUUAACGAGUGCUGGCAGAUUUUCCUAUAUGCUUUCUUUCAUUGACAAGUAGAUCAGUAUUCAAGGAGCCUGUAGUAGUUUUAUCCAAUUAAAAGUAUGCAUCCAGAACAAUACAAUAGGUUUAAACUGGCACAUGUAGGCGCCAGUUCAUGUGAAUUUAGUUGUUUAUCUUACAUUGUGUGUGGUUGCAAGGGUGUUCAUUUGAGAACAAAUCUGUGUAGAAAUAAUCUCCUAUUUGAACUAUUUGAGUCUGCUCCUAACAACCUAACUUUUCAAAUUUUCUCCACAGAUGUAAGAGGCAUAAAUACACAAGGACCUGCUCAGAUUGUAUAUAUCAUGAUACAUUUCUUUAAUUCCUCAUCAUUUAUAGAAUAGUCUGUAAAGAUAACAUACAGCUAUCAAGGUCUAUAUAACAGACCAUGUGUUCAUGAAGAAAACUAUAGAUGACUUUUGGUUAGUUACAUCUAGUUGCUGUUCCAGGUCUAUUGAUGUAACCUGUAAUCUUGAAGUGGCCUUCAAGCCUUGUUACAUGAUAACCCUUCAGUGCAAAAAAACUACCUGCAAGCUCAACUCCAUCACAAUACUUACACAUGUAUGAUUUGAAAUGGAUCGGAAAUUAUCUUUUUGGUAAUUUGGGAUAAGCAAGUUGUAUUAAGUGCUUUCCAUACUUUAACAAACCUGUAUAUGUUGUGAAUCUGCUCAUAUAUCACAUAUACAGUAAUAUGUUCAAAUAUUUGCUUUUAUAAUUAAUUGGAACGACUCCAAAGAUCGGGGUAGACAACACAUAUGCAUGAAGAUUAUACACUGUAGCUUAUACCUUCCACAUAUUUUCCUUCAUACAAUUGCUGUGUAUGCCAGUAUCCAAUUGUACAUGUAUGUGUGGCCUUAUAUGCACAUGUACAUCUGUAGCAUUGAUUAUAAUUUCUAUACAGCUACUACAAAGCUAGUAUCAGCAUUUCGUGUAAAAGCAUCAGUGAGUAGUGCCAAGUUGAAGCUGUACAACAAUUGUCUUGACUUGAAAGUCAUCAGUGUUGGUAAAGUCAUUCUGGAUCAGAUUCAACUGUAA